CACACACACACUAACACAAACACACAUUAAACAUCCUCAGCUUUAUAUUCUGCAUAAUUACCCUCUUCAUAUGAGCUCGGUCGCUUUAGCCUUUCUGAAAGCAGGACAGAAUUUAUUUAUUUAUAUGUCCUUAUUUAUUGAAGCAUGUCUCUGUUUGAAUAAGCUCCAGAUCCGGGAAUGAAAUGCCAUCAUAUCCGCGCAGUGCGUUUGCGGAAAUGUGCGUUCAUGCGCUCAUAUUUUACAGGAUAUCAAAGAAUUAAGCGCAAUGCCGACUAAAGACCCGCUUAUUGAGACACUGAAAGUGUGUAUUUUGGAGCUGCAGGCUGAAAACACGGUGACUGACACGAGUCCUCACCUGGCUUCAUGCUGUGAGCUGCUGGAGCUCAUUCUGCGAAAAGGACUGCAGCAACCGGUGCUGAGUUUGACACACAGAGACUAUUGGUCUUGUUUCGAGCAGUUAGUUCAACUGGACACAUGUGGAAGGCUGACCGCUGUCUCUUUAGCUGUGCAGCAGACCACAGCAUGUCCCAAACUCCUCAGUGCUCAGGGCCGGGGACGCUAUUUCAUCCGUCUAAUGCUGAGCAGGAGAACUCUUGGAAAUAUAGUCACCCAUCUACUACACACAUCCAGCAUCAUAGAGUGGUACAGUCCUGACAUUUCUGUGUUGAGGAAUGAAGAAUUCGUAGAGCCUUUCCUGUCUCUGUGUCUGGUUCUCUCUGAAAUGGAGUUUAAGCUCAACAUGCAGAACUGCAGCUUUCUGGAUGAGAGUUGGCUGCUCCCUGUGUGUGAAACGUAUGAGGCCGUGCCUUGUCGCGAGCUGGGGAUGGUUCUCAGAUAUCUGGACAGGCGUGUGUUUGUGUUGGAGCUGCUCCAAGGCGGUGUGGCUCAGGCUGAGAUGUUUGCAGAGCCUGGAGACAUCAUCGACGAAAUCAAUGGCAUUUCGCUGAGAAAUUCCAACAAUGGACAGGCAGGUGUGGUGCUGUCCAGAUUAAAAGGACAGCCUCUGACCCUGCGCCUGUUACGCUGGAGAGGUGAGAACGGGUCGGUGUAUCGCCCCCUGGUGCUGCUUUUACGCCAGCUGAAACGGGAAAAUCCCUCUCUGAAAUUCGGCUCGCCUCUUCCCAAACUCUCGGUGCAGCAUGACAGCCAGAGCCAGUGUGUCAAAGAGGGACGGAUCCUGUAUGCAGUGCAGCUGUUGGGAAGAACAAAUAUAGGAAUGUAUGGAGGAAAGGAGGUUCUGCAGUAUGUCAUACCCACUGUGCUGCAAAGGAGGCAGAGCAGAAAGGACGUGUUGUUGGACGUGAAGGAAACACACCUGACCUGCACUGACAAAUCCAAUAAACAGCAGCUGUUCCAGCACCACUUUCCCGAGAUUUCAUGUGUGGGGAGAUUCAGCCAGCCGGAUUUCACCAUCUUUGCUUUCUGUGUGGGAGAUAAUCCAGAUACGGGUUUCUGCUGUGUGGUUCUAAAGGCGGCAUCCAGCGCCGAGUGUGAAGAGAUCGUCCACCGCAUUGCUACAGGGUUUAAAAGCACUGAAUGGUUCGUCUGAGGAGACUACAAAAGCUACAUGGACAAUACCAAAAGGUUUUUACAGGCGUUUAUGAGGAAAUCAUGCUUUCUUCUUUAUAAACUGCGCUUAUCAGCAAAGCACACGGGUAUACUGGGAUUCACACUCGUGUUCUGCGAGUGUCAUUUCAUUAUUUUUACAUUGUUAAUUUCACAAAUAAGCCUGAAGGAUUGUUAUCAAUUCUAAUUAACGCAACGCAAUUUACAGUUAACGCAAAUUAAUUUUAACGCAACUAAUUUUAUUAAAGCAGCACGCAUUUCCGUUUGACGAUUUUUAUUAGAAAUAUUAAAAAAAUAUAUAAAAGAGGCAAAAUUAAAAUCGUUAAUGCAACACACGUUUGCUGUCCUGAUGAUUUACGUCAUUUAAACACUAUAAUUACUUUAAAACAUUUACAAGAAUAUUUUGUCGUCAUGCUCCAACAUAGAGUUUCACUAAUAAUUAACAUACAUUUGCAUAAAGCAUCCGUAUUUAUUUAUGCGCAUGUUGAUUAGAGUCUAAAACACAAAUUCAAGGUACAAUUUAAAAAAGCCACAUGUUGAGUUUAACUAUCUUUGAUAUUUUAUAAAGCUUAUAGUAGCUGCUUGUUGAGGAGUUCAUGUUGGAUUUCACCUUGAACAAAUUGCAGGGUUGUUUCUUUCUGUAAAAAAAAAAAAAAAAAAAAUGCAAGGUGAAGCAAAUUGGGUAAAUCAACUUUUUAUUGCUUCUAAUGAUAAUAGCAGAUUGAUAAUCAUGCUUAAAAAACUCAAUAUCAAAUAUAAUACAACAGUGUUUUGACAUUUUUUGUUUAAAAAAUACACAGAUAUUUUGUUCAAUUAUGAAGAUUUGAAGCAUCUAGAAUAUACAAUUAAUUACAUAUUUAAUAAUUUAAUGAUAUGCGCAUAAAUUAAAUAUACAAACAUUAAAAAACAAGCAUUUGACCUUCUAGUAAAGCCACAGUAAAUUAACUGUUGUGGUAACCAAAUGCUAUAAAAGGAGAAUGGAACAGAACUCAGCAGUUUUAAAAAGGAAAAAAUAUACGUUGGUGUACAAACGCUUAAGCAUUCGCUAAAAACCACAACAGUAAUUAAAAAUGUAAUCGUUUGCUGCUGCUGUUAUUUGCUGCUUGCAGAUUUAGUGUUUGUCCGCACCGUUUUAAUUGAAUCCAUCAAAAUGUCGUAAACGAGCCGAUCCCGCAACCUGAUGCUCGCGAGUCACGACAGAACGGAUCCAGUGCGACUGGCCCGAAGUUACAAACAAACAGUUUUAUGCAAUGCUAACCUGUAACUUGAGCAGCCCAACUAAUCGAUAACGACAUUCAUUGACAACAAAUAUUAUUAUCAGUUAUUUUGAUAUAUACAAACCAUAUGGCUUCAUGGAGCUGGCUUUGUGCACAGAGGCACUGUCAUGCUGGAACAGGUUUGGGUUUCUAAAUGCUACUGCAUCCAAACACAUCCUAUACAAUUGUGUGAAUCCAACUUUGUGUGAACAGUCUGAGGAAGAACCACAUAUGGCUGGAAAUAUAAGGUGUUCCAAGGUACUUUUUUUCCAUACUUUAUAUGCACUCAGGAGCCACUUCAUUUGUUGAUAAUUUGUGAACAAUGAUCAUUGAUGAACACUUUCUGAUUUUGGUGGUGGAAUUAUUAAAGCACAAAUAUAUGAAUACACAUAAAAGAUAUUCCUUACCAUGCUCACUCAUGAAAAUGAACACUUGUAAAUAUGUAAAGAGAUUUUAAUUUGACCUUCUCCUCUGCACUUUAUUAGGAACGCCUGUAGACCUGCACAUCAUGCAGUUGUCUAAUCAGCCAAUCAGCACCACAAUGCAAUAAAAAAACAUGCAGAUAUAAGUCUUGCUUUUUUCCCUGUUGAGGAAAGCGGUAGAUCAGAGGUUUAGAUGGCCUUCAUUUCAGAAGGUUGUGAGUUUAAAUCCCUGCACUGCCCAGCUGCCAAUGCUGUGCCCUUUAGCGAGGCCUUUAAUCCUCACGUGCUCAGUUGUAUAAAUGAGAUAAUUGUAGGAGGAGACUACAAAAGCAACAUGAACAAUACUAAAAUGUUUUAACAGGCUUUUAUGAAAAAACUCCGGCUUAACUCAACUAAACUACAUUUAUCUGCAAAGCGCACCAGCACUUUUUAGAUUAAAGGUGGAACAUUUAAUCAUUUUUGCAAAGUUUCUGUCAUUUUCCUGAAUAAAGCUGAAGGUUGGCAGUUGGUCAAGCAGUUAAACACAUGAACAUGAUGAAAAGGACUUGUGGCUUUGCAUGGUUAAGCAACACACAGCUGUUAUCGUUCAGGGUGUACUCACUUUCUAGCCCAAACAACCUUGCCACAAUCAAAAUCCUCCCAUUUUUAUGUUUGAAAUGAACAAUUGUUCUGCUGUUGCAUGAUUGGCUAAUCAGAUGUACAGGUAUUUCUAAUGAAAUGGAUGGAAUGUGCAUUUCCAUAGUUUUUAUUUGUAGUACCACAAUAUAUAGAAUAUGCAUAAUUGUAAUAAUUUCUGUAAUCUUGUAGUACUCUGGAAAUGGCUUGUAAAUGUAACUUUUGUUUGAAAAAGUGUACUAAAAAAGGAAAAAUGUCUGAAUAACUCAAAUGUUUUUUAUUACAUCCUAAAUGUCAUAAUGAAACACCAGAUGAAACGUGAAAUAAGAUAAGCUAAAGGACAAAACAAGUCGGUAUGUUUGACUACAAUGAUGUUUUCAUGGCUUAAUUUAACUUUUUGGAUUUACUUCAACAAAUGCAAUUGUCACAGAACAGAAUUAUUUUAUGAAUAAAUUAGUUCUAACACAUUUUAAACCCUGUUAUGAAGGUUAACAAAAACAUUAAUUGAUUUAUGUAUUUAUCUUUAGUACGAAACUAUAUUUUAUAUAGAGAGAUAAUGGUGCAGAUUAACAGCACAUAGAAAAUGUAAAACUACAAAUAUGAUAUGAUAUUGACAACAUGAGUGUGGAUAAUAUUUCAUGUUAAUAAAUGCUCAUGA